UCAUCACAGUGGCUUGAAGACGAAUUCCAAGGCCCCUUCGCUAACAGCGCCGCUGUAGCUGGUCCUAGUGGAGAGGACGCCCAGUUCGUCCCCCCUGAUAGUGGCUUUACGCAGUCCACUGUUGUAGAGGGCGAUGAUAACGCUAUUCCCAACUUCCCUAAUAUCGACGAUAUUCUCUCUCCUCGUACCCCAACCGAUCGAGCCGCUUCGCAGUCCUCCACCCCCCAAACGCCUCUGCCAGCGGGGGUGAUCUUCUUACAGAAGGUGCUUGAAGUGUUCCGGGCUGGGAUGCUGAAUAUAGACAGGCCUAGCGCGCGUAAACCGGCUUGGCAGAAGCUCGUAGAGCUAUUGAAUCAAGAUACGCAGUACGUUUGGUCUAUUGAUAAAGUUAGCAAGAAGUACGCGGAUGAGAGGAUCAGAUGGGCAAGAGAUAUUCUGGGCCGAAUCAGCUACUGGGGAAUACAUAGCUGA